CUCGUGAAAGGCACGCACGUGUGUGGUGCCUCGGUCCCACCUGCGCGAGCGCCGCCGCGCCGUACAACCGCCGUAGAGCCGCACCGCCAUAGCCGGGAUAGUGGAUACAGCGUCGCAAGCGCAGAGCCCGCCGCGCGCCCGACCUGAUGUGUUGUGUUUAGUGCACAUGUUCGGAUGAUCGAAAAAUAAAAUGGGACCGCAAUUCGAUUACUGUCUACGUGCCACUAAUAACCCAUCGUACUUCGCGUUUCCGAACAAGGACGUUCCAGAUGGCACAGAGUCUCACAGCUCUACAUCAGAGCCUUGUUCGAGGUCAGCGCCGAGCCGUGUGUGGACUGACAACUUACGUCCGCUAGGCUCGCCUCGACGCCGGGAGCCAGAGAGUCCGAGGCGAAAGGAAUUCAGGGCCUUAUUGCGCUCACUAUCCGCGAGAGAACCCGAAAAAGCAGAAGCAUUUCUAAAGGGUCAGCCGCGGCCAGGCGACUGCGCUCCUGGAGAUAUGAGACACACCUUUACUGCCCCGCGAAUGAAGAAGGGCAAAAAUAACGCAACAAUGGCCUCGCCGGAGGGUAUAUCAGAGCGUGAAGAGGUGUUUUAUACUAUCCCGCUGCAGGGAAGACGAAGGCACUCGGUGGGAGGGUACCUGGCGACCGGUGGUGCGGGGACGGGAGAAGUCACGUCUGUGCCUAGUGAAGUACCGAGAAUGCCGCCGCCGCGCUUCAAUCACACCGAAGAUGAAGGUGUUAAGCGACGAAAACCAAGAAAUUUCUCUUUUAAAGAAAUGGAAGAUAUAGCAAUACUCUGGAGCUCCGGCUCUCCGGAGAGUGCUCUGUGGUCCGACUACCUGGUGACAAGUUUCGAUAAAAUUAUGUCGCAAAGAGCCAGGCAUCAUUACAGAGUUACACCUGUCACUGCAGAAGAAUUAUUGUCCUCCGACGGGCAAGAAAAAAUUGAUAAACUAGCUAAAGCCCAGCUACAAAUUGUGAUUCUCUGCCCGAAUCUCGCAACCAAAAUGUCAGAUUUAAAGAGAGAACUCAACUGUGAGAGCCUUUUUAAAAAUGACAAGAUUCUGGUAAUGCUUCUCGGCGUAGAAAAGAGCCAUGCUAUUUCGAAUCACUGUGAAGACUUUCCGAAUAUAGACCAAUGGCAAAUGAUGUCCGUUCGCGAAAAGGACACUUCAUUCGUAGAUACAUUCCUCACAGCAGCAGUUGGUAUCCUGAGGACCAAAGAUUGUAAAGACACAGCUACUGACAGAACAAGUUUCUCCAUUGUUCCAAAGAAAGUUAAAAUCGGACAAAGCCGGGUGAUAGCACUCCUUAACGACCCCAUUAGAGACGAAGAUAGCAUUAAGAUAAUGGUCGACAAAAAAGGCGAAGUUAUACACAUACCGACAUUCAAAAAGAGGAAUCCGUACACAAUACAAUUUGAUAUACCAGAAUCCUGUUUGGAAGUCUCGAUGUUGGUGUGGGUCCGUGUGAGCAAAAACGGUCAGUCCCUCGGGCGUCGGCAGAUUAAAUGCGAAAGUAGACUGCGAGAACUGGAUCAACUGCUCAGAGCUUCCGACCAUCCAUUAGAGUUCAUGUGUCAGACACUAGGAUUUAAAACUACUAGCAAAGAGCAAUUGGACAGUUGGAUGUUGAAUGCGUUCCAAAAGAAUAUCCCACCACAUUUCAAUCUUUUGUCUUCCACCGAACAAUUCAACCCAAAAGCAGAUGUCUCCAUUGUAGGUGGUGAAGAAUACCCAACACUCCUGCAUUGGGCGGCCCGGUUCGGCCUAGAACGUGUGUGUUGGCAACUGUUGGAAUGUCCCGGAGGCGGAGCAGCUGUUGCUAUGCGGAAUGUACGCCAUCGAACCCCCGCCGAUCUCGCACGUGAUCACAAGCACUAUCGACUCGCUGAUAUGCUCUCUGACCAUUUGAAAAUAAAUGAGUUUUCCAAUAUGUAUUAUUACUUGAAAAAUAUGUCAGAUAAUGAUAAGGACGACAAUAAGGAUGAAAUUAAAAAAGAAAUGUCGCGCAGUGUGGACGCUUGUGAUACGGUCGAUGCUCCUACACGAGCUGGAAGCGUGCAGAAUGGAGAACCUGCAACUGAUCCAUUCAGUGAGGCUUGUACACAAAACUUAGAAGAGACGCGGGAAAUCAACGAUAAUAUUGAAAAGAAUUUGAGACCGUCUCUGAAACUGCCAAAGGUUAAGGAACAAUUCUAUCAAAACGAGUUUCCCCAUCGCGACGACACAGAUGACAGAAUCCAACAAGCUCUAGAACAUGAUUAUUUAGUUCAGCCAUCUAAUAUAAAAGUGGAAAGUCCUAAAUUUAGACCAAACAAUUUAUACGCAAAUAGUUCUCGUUUGAUGCCACAACAGCCUGAAAUUUUCUUAUAUUCACCCACCGAAGAAGCUAAAACAUUCAAUAUUGACACUCCUACUAGCGAUAUAAGUCAGAUUAAUUUAAGUACCAAAGAUAUACGUAAUAGUGGUAGCUUGAAAUCUGGUAAAGAGACCUGCCCCCUAACAGGUCAAGAGGAAUUAGCUGAAAUAAUUAAUGAUUUCAAAAAUAAUGUAUUCACCAUAUCUGAAGUUGAGAAACUCGUGAUGGAAUGGAGAAACAGAAAUGAAACACAACAAUCUUUGAAGGAAAAGCAAGAACAGUUGAACAAAAUGCGUGAGGAGUACGAUAAGAUUCAACAGAAAAUAAAAGACAAUAUGAAAAGACCAACACCCUUCGAAAGGGUUAAGAAAAUGUUUUCUAAAAGCAAAAGCAAACACCAUCACGACAACAACAAUACCGGCACAAUAGAAAAGAGGAAUGGCAAUACACGACCAAACAGCAGUUUAAGUGACAGUUCAUCGUCGUCGGGUCGUUUGAGCACUGUAAGCGGCGGAAGCGUCGCCGAGACCAAUAGCGUCCAGUCAGAGAACGAUGACAAAGCCAGAUCAAUCAUAUCUGCGAGUACGUUGACAAUGCAUUCUGCUUGUGAUGGCGACAGCAAAAUGGAUGACUACUUAAUCCCACCACCGCCGCGUCCUCUCAACGGAUGUCCGCAGUUUACUACUUUCGGACAUCCUAAACAUGAUAAUAGGGGUCACCACAUGGCAACAAUCGUGGAGCGCGAGGCGUCGGCGUCGCGCGAGGCGCUGGACGGCGACGCGGAGGCGCCCGGCGGCACGCACCUGCGCCUCAGCUUCACGCGCGACCGCGACGCACACUUGUACAUCAACGUCUCUCCCACUCAUUCUUAAAAAAGCCAUUAUAGUCAACAAUGUAUAAAGCAUAUAAUUAAGAUAGUAAUGCAUAGCAUAAAGUCGAUUUAUUCUUGGCAUUUGAUAAUGCGUGAAAGUGCCUAUUGGUAACAAAUCUAGAGUUAUCAAUGCAUAAAUCAUAAAGCAUAUCAGAAUCCUACAGUCAGCAGUAUAACUAAGGCGAUAAAUACUUGACAGCUGGCAAUGGUUGAAAGUAACAAUUCUGAAGAUACUGGUAAAUAGUUGGCAAAGAUGGACAGCUCUCGUUAAUCGAUUUAAUCACGAAGAAUAUUAUAUCAGUUCCAAUUUAUGCCGACUGCCAAAAGAGGCAAGAGAUAAAUGAAAUUAUCUAGUUGUAUAUUUUUUACUUUAUAUAGCGUUUAUUGCGACAUAAAUUGAAUGUAUACGGUUUUUGGGCAAGCUUUAUCUACAUAAUAUUAGUAUAAUUAUGAAAAGAGAUACUAGAAGUACCUUCGUAAUGGCGGAAAGUAACAAUAAACAAGCCCAUGUGUCCAGAAAGGUAUAAGCAAACGUAAAAGAAAUGUACUCGAACACCAAGCAUAUCAUCGUCCUAGGAUGAAAUAGAGUACAAAUCCACCGCCACACUGCAAAUUACAACGUCUGGCAUUUUGUGGCUAAUGAAAACUCAUAAAUAAUACACCAAUACUCUGGUUUGACCUUGGAAAUGCUCCCUCAGACUUUCCAUACUAGUGGCUUAUACGCCGUUAUAACACGAUGGUGAAGACUUGCUACUUUAAAACCUGUAUGUAGGUUAUUACUCGAUUUAUGAACAUUACCAGGUGCAUUAUUUACCCAUGCAUAUUUGAUAAAACCACUCGGUAUAUUAUAUGAGGAAUUAUGGAUUGUAUAACUAAUGGGAACAUGUCAAAAGCGUAUGAGAUAAAUAAUUAAAAAUAUUUUUUGUUAACAGGAUCUUGUCAAUAAGACUUUCAUUCACAUUUAUAGAAAAACAUGUGGUAAUUUUUGCUAAUUGUAGCAUUUUUAACUAUACCUAACUUCUGUUAACAUAGUUGUCAUACCUGUUACCUAAAAUCGAUUCCUCAGGAUCGAUUUAAAUCGAUAAAAAAUCGAUAUCAAGAACAUUUUUAUGAUACGCGGUGUUUUUCCUUCAACGUUACGUGUGACUGUUCCCUUUAGAAAACGAAUGAAGACUGAAAAGAUAUUUUUGUAAAUACUUUGUAAAUUGUAUAGUUUUGUAUACAUUUAGAUGCAUGCCCUUAUUUAUUAUAAUAUUGUCAUUUAUGUUUAUGGAAUAUACGUAAUUUUUAAACAGUACAAAAUAAACUCAUUAACAUUUAUUUAGUAAAAAUUAACUAUGCAUUUAAUAUAAUUAGAUUUCAUAAUUAUGUAAUAAUUAGUAGCUACGCGAAACUCUAAAGGAUCUGAGACCACCUCAAAGGAGUCCGCAAUAUUAUAGAUUUAUUUUAUAAUCUUUUGUACUGAAAUACUCUUCUGCAUUUAUUGUAAGUUCACAUGAUAUAUUUAUAAUUAAAAUAAUAAACAUUUAAACUGAU